CGUCAUACCAACCUACGACAAAUGCAAAACAAGUCCUAAGGCUCAGAGUAUUAUGGAGGGAGCAAAACAGGUUCUACAGUUGAGCGACGACGAGUUUGGGAGCGUUUCGCGACUCGUUGUUAAGCCGCACGAGCCCCAAAUAGGACCUAGUUUCUACGAGGAUUUUGCCCUCAGAGGCAUCCAAGUUGACCGAGUCGAACCAGGUCUGAUCUUCUGCACCUUCAAGGUCCCUCCUCGCCUCAUUGAUCGAACAGGAAAUCUGGCUGGUGGUGCAAUCGCCAAUCUCGUCGACAUAGUUGGUAAUGCACUGAUUUACAGAAUUGGACAGCCAAUGAAUGUGUCUGUUGACAUGUCCAUCUCAUAUUUGUCAAAUGCAAAGCUUGAUGAUGAAUUGGAGGUUACGUCAAGACUACUAGGGAAAAUUGGAGCUGUUUCUGGAACUUCUGUUGUCAUCAAGAAGAAGGAUUCUGGAGAAAUUGUUGCUCAAGGACGACACUCAUUGUUUAGCAGACUUAAGAGUAAAAUCUGAUACUAAUACCAUUUUUAAUUUGCUCUUGCACUCGAGAGACUAUUCUUUCGUUUAUAGAUGCGAACUUAUAACUGCAGUUCUGUUACUGAUAUGUGUAAAUAAGGAGUCACAAGCAGAUCAAACAUUUGGGAAUCAAAUAAAUUCUGGAUAUUGUUUGUA